GAAUUGAUACAUUCUAUUAAAAAAUUAAAAAUUAUUUUUUUAUCAAUUUAAUUUAUUUGAUUGUUAAUUGUGAUUUUUGCAUUUUAAAAUUUGAUUAUUUUGUUAAUAUUUAAACUAAGUUUCAAUUAAUCAUUAAGUUCAAUUAAAUCUCCAAUCAUUUCUAUUGCAUUUUAAUAAAUUUGACUUUGAAGAUAUCUUGAAAGUUAUCACUCAUUGAUAAGGCAAUCUGUGAAUUGUAAAGAGUAGAUGAAAUGUCUGAUAAUAAGAAGCAAAGAGGUUUCUUUCAACAAGCAUGUAUGCAAACAGCAGCUGGUGGAUCUGCAGGUUUCAUCGAGGUUUGCAUCAUGCAUCCACUGGAUUUAAUCAAAACAAGAUUACAGCUGCAAAUAAAAACAGCGAAUGUUUCAGUUCAGACAGGGAGCAAUGUUUACUACCAUGGUGUGUUCGAUUGUGCAAAGAAAAUGGUUCGGAAUGAAGGGAUUUUUGCACUUUAUAAAGGAAUCCUUCCUCCAAUUCUCGUUGAAACACCAAAACGUGCUGUCAAGUUUCUUACUUUUGAACAACUCAAACCUUUAUUCCUCUUUGGGCAUGAAAAGCCAACACCUUUGACAUUUUCUCUAGCUGGUCUAGGUGCAGGUGUUCUUGAAGCAAUUCUUGUGAAUCCUUUCGAAAUGGUUAAAGUCACUUUACAAUCGAAUCGUAAUAAAGGAGGUGAAGUUCCAAGUACAUGGAGCGUCACUCGGCAAAUCAUCGCUGAGAAUGGAAUUGGUUCGAGAGGAUUAAAUCGAGGAUUGUCAGCAACAAUUGGGCGAAAUGGUGUUUUCAACAUGAUCUACUUUGGCUUCUAUCAUUCAGUCAAAAACAUUGUGCCAGAAUAUCAAGAUCCGUUCCAAGAAUUCUUGCGUAAAGUAGCGAUUGGUUUUGUGUCGGGAACAUUAGGAAGUGUCAUAAACAUUCCCUUUGAUGUGGCAAAGUCUCGCAUACAAGGUCCUCAACCACAACCGGGUGUCGUUAAAUACAAAUCCACUUUCCCAACCAUCGCAACAGUUUAUCGUGAAGAAGGAUUUAAAGCACUUUACAAAGGCUUAACACCAAAAGUUAUGAGAUUGGCACCCGGUGGAGCGAUCAUGAUGAUUGUUUACGAAUACGUUUACGAAGCUUUGGACAAGUUUUUAGAUUAAACAUUCCAUUUUCCUUCUAUGUUGUUGUUUCCUUUCUAAAGAAAGCUUUAAUGGAUAAUUCAAACGCAAAUGUAAUUUACUGCCACUUGAAAGUUCCGAGUGAAAAUUUCCACUUUUUGUUUUUUAUUAUUUAAUUUAACGAAAUGAAUUUCAAAGUUUCCACUAUUUUUUGACUAAUAUUUGAUAACCAAAAUUAAGAACAAUAUUUUUGUGAGCAACAUUUUUAAUAUUUAACAAUAAAAGAUUUAUUUUGUGUAAUUUCUUCUUAUUUUGUUGAUAAAAAUUCAUUUACAGCGAAGUGUUGAGUGUAAACUUG